AUGAGUGGUGGACGGUUAUCACAAAGUGCAGUACUCGAGGAAUUACUAAGAGAAGACGAAGAAGAGAGUGAAUCAGAGCUCAGCGACCAAGGCUCUGAAACUUCCGACCUAAUCGUUGUAGAGAAACCUCAAUCUGCUGAAGAAUCAAACUGCUCGGACCCAGAAGAGGAUGAUUUGCCACUUUCAGAAAUAAAUAGCUGUUUUACAGGGCGCGAUAAAGUAACGAAGUGGCAAAAAUCUAAUAAUAACAGAGUGAGGCGUCAAGUUCAAAAUAUUCUCACGGAAGAUGCGGGUAUUCGUAGAAAUGGUGUGGGGAUGACAACAUUUACGCAAGCCUGGAGUUUAUUCAUUUCAGAGAAUAUUAUGGAAAUAGUUGUUAGAUAUACCAACGAAUUUAUUAAAAAAAAAACGCCAUCGUAUAACAGAAUACGUGACUGCAAACCGACAGAUGAGGUGGAAAUUCGAGCACUUUUCGGAUUGUUGUACAUAGCGGGAUCCAUGAAGACAUUACAUGCCAAUUCAGAAGAUUUAUAUGCAAGUGAUGGGACAGGUAUUUUUCCUACUACUAUGUCAGUGAAAAGAGUAACAUUUCUACUGAAUUCAUUCAUUCAUCUAGACAAAGCUGCGCCAAUAAGAGAAGUUUUAGAUAUGUUUACACAAAACUGUCUUUUGCCAUAUUCAGUGCGAGAGAACAUUGUAAUCGAUGAGAUGAUGGUUGGCUUUUGA